AUGGCCGUUCGCGCUCAAUUUGAGAACUCUAACGAGGUCGGUGUCUUUUCCACCUUGACCAACUCUUAUGCCCUCGUGGCCCUCGGUGCUAGUGAGAACUUCUACAGUGUCUUCGAAGCCGAGCUCCAAGAUAUCAUUCCUACUGUGCGAACCACCAUCGCUGGUACCCGUAUCAUUGGCCGCAUGACCGCUGGCAACCGAAAGGGUCUUCUCGUUCCCACGACCACAACCGACCAGGAGCUGCAGCACUUGAGAAAUUCACUUCCCGAUUCAGUCCGUAUCCAGCGCAUCGAGGAGCGAUUGUCAGCCCUCGGAAACGUCAUCGUCACAAACGAUCACAUCGCCCUCGUGCACCCUGACUUGGAACGCGAAACAGAAGAGAUUAUUGCAGAUGUCCUCGGCGUGGAAGUAUUCCGUCAGACUGUCGCAGACAAUGUUCUGGUGGGCAGCUACAUGAGCUUGUCUAACCAGGGUGGUCUCGUGCAUCCCAAGACUCCUAUCCAAGAUCAGGACGAGCUGUCCAGCUUGCUCCAGGUUCCUCUCGUCGCCGGUAGUGUCAACCGUGGUUCUAACGUCGUAGGCGCUGGUAUGGUCGUCAACGACUGGCUCGCUGUGACUGGCCUCGACACCACUGCCACUGAGCUUAGCGUUAUCGAGAGUGUGUUCCGUCUCGGCGAGGGCCAGGGCCCCAGCAACAUCAACACGAGCAUGAAGGACACCAUGGUCGAGGACGGCUAUCGGCUAUUCCUCUCAUGGAUGGAAAAGGAUUAUGUGGUGCUCAAGGCCAGAGUGGGGAUAGCCCUGCUGGUUUACAUGACCCAUCCAUCUGAUUUGACCUGCUUGGGCUCUGGGAUUACUGUUGCAGCAGACUAUACCUUUGCAGCAGGUUUUCACAUUGUUGCACAUGUUAUCUUCAUUCCUCUCGAAACCCAAAUCACUUCCUUUACAAUGUCCUCAAACGAAAAGCCCCAACAUCUUGAGCCCUCAAAGCUUGGCACAAAACAAUACUGGGAUGACCUUUACACAAAUGAGAUAACAAACCACGCUGCUGAUCCCUCCGACAUCGGAACUGUUUGGUUUGACGAUUCAGAUGCUGAAGCAAAGAUCCUUGAGUUCCUAGACGGUCUGCUCGACCCCUCUGACCCAGACUCGCCUGUCCUCUCCCACGACACCACCACAUUUCUCGAUCUUGGCUGCGGCAACGGCUCUCUUCUCUUCUCCCUCCGCGGAGAGGAUUGGUCUGCACGAGCUCUCGGUGUGGACUACAGCCCCCAAAGCAUUGCACUCGCGCGACAAAUCACCACCACAAAAGGCGACCUUGAGAAACCUGUCGAAUUCGAAGAGUGGGAUCUUAUAGCUGGGCCAUACGACCCUGUUCUCAACGGUGAGCAGACUGAGGGCUGGGAUGUGGUACUGGAUAAGGGUACCUUCGAUGCCAUCUCUUUAAGCGACGAGAAAGAUGUCCAAGGACGACGACUAUGUGAAUGUUACCGAGAACGAGUGUUACCCCUUGUUCGAAAGGGCGGCAUCUUCUUGGUGACAAGUUGCAACUGGACCGAGACGGAGUUGAGAGGCUGGUUCGAAAAGACCAGCGAGGAAGGUUUUGAAAUCGUUGGCAGAGUCGAAUAUCGCUCCUUCAGCUUUGGAGGCCACAAAGGCCAAACAAUCAGUACGCUCUGCUUUCGCAGGGUAUAGGAGACAUAGAUGGAGUAUAUUUUGAAGAACAAAAAAGGAUACCCAUGAUCACUCUGUGCUGGCUCCAGCACCUGUUCUAAAGAGCCAAUAUCAUUCACCUCCGAGAGCUCUUGUUGUAUCAUACAAUGGUAUUUGGACUCGUGUCAAUGCUUGGACUAUCCCUCUCAGACUCCCCUCCCUUUUCAUGACCCCAAAGCUUUAUCUGAGUGUCUCUUUACCCUUUUCAGAGGUUCCGCAUCAAGCUUUUUUGUAUCGUAUCCUUUGCAGAACAUUCCCCUUUCUCAACUUAAC